AACAAGCGGUGCUGUUGCAGGGGAAGGUACUAAUAAAGUUCAAGAAUUCAAAAUUUGCUUUACCGUACUGCGCAUGCUCAUACUGAAGGGGUACACGUGUGGAGAGCAUGGCGGAGGAAAAGGUGGCUGUGCAGUUGGACAGAACUCAGGUGAAGAACGCCGUGCAGUGCCUGCUGGCAUACCUAAAGACCACGUCCCCAAAUGAGGCAACACUUCUAAACGAGGGCCAGCAGAUCAGCCUACUGUUAACCUUUUGGAAAAUACCCAAACGGGAGCAGACAAUCCGCAUCCCACUGCCACAUAGCAUCCGUACAGACUGGGGUGAAGUCUGCCUCUUCACCAGAAACGAGCCCAACAUGACCAGCGACCAGAAUGUGAGGUUCUACAAGACGCUGCUGAAGGAGAAGGGGAUCAGGGGGAUCAGCGAGGUGAUACCCUUCAAGGUGCUGGUGACAGAGUACAAGUCGUUCGAGUCCAAGCGUAAGCUGCUGAGGAACUUCGACCUCUUCCUUACGGACAACCGUAUCCGCCGCAAACUGCCCCCCAUCAUCGGGAAGCACUUCUUUGAGAGCAAAAAGGUCCCCCUCUCCGUGAACCUGCUGUCCCAGCAGCUGUCGAAGACCAUGGAGCAGUUGAUCCAGGGCUCUACCUUCCGGGUGUCCAAGAAGGGCAGCUGCUGCAUGGCUCGUGUGGCCCACUCCUUGAUGACCGCUGACGAGGUGGUGGAGAACAUCAUGGCUGCAGUGAAGAUCAUCACGUCUCAGCUACCCCAGAAAGGGAGGGACCUCAAAAUCAUCCACCUGAAGAGCCAGACCUCAGCCGCGCUGCCUAUUUACACGUCGGACUUGAGUCACCUGUCCUUGCUAGAGGAGGCAAGGCAGGCCGUCUCGAAUAAGAAGGGGGCAGGCAAGAGUAAGAAAAUGGGGAAGGCUGUCAAGAGGAAAGACACAGCAGCUGUACAGCAGGAAUCUUCUGGGGAGGAAGAGGAAAUGCCCCAACUUGUUCCAAUUAGGUCGCCGAAUAAGAAGGCUAAACUGGAGGUUUCUCAAGAAACGGGACCGGAUAAGGUCACAGGAAAAACGAGAGAGGGAUCCGAGGCCCCUCCGAAGGGAUUGAAGCUGAAGACCCCUAGCAAGGCUAGGGCUGCUCCUGGCACCAAAAAACUGGUCAAAUCUGCCAAGAAAUGCUCAAAGACCCCUGAGAAGAAGCUGAGGAGGCGGGUGCCCCAAUCAUGUUAAAACUAGUUCACGGCUCUUUCCGUCAGGAGAAGGAAAUCUUACCAGAUCCCUGAAUGAAUGUCAGCUGCUUGAGCCUGGUUCUGCCUGUACUGGUCUGUAAGAAACUGCUAGCUUGCUUCUGAACUUUGACAGCAUUUUAUUUAUACUCAGUGAGUUUUAAAUGUACUUUGAUUACAUUGCAAAAUGUUUGCAUCAGUCUCUGGCAAAGUAAUGACAUUUGGUGACCCGAAGGAGUGAAACCCUAAAGCUUUCACAUCUGCUGGUUUUGCCUUGUUCUGUAACCCACAUGUAAGUUAUGUGAAAUGUUCCUGUGUGGCCAUUUACAUGUACUCUUUUUAAAAAAAAAGAAAAAAAAAAGCUUAAUUUGCCAUAGUAUAGAUGCAGGAAUGCUCUGGUCACUGAUGUGUGAAUAUUAUACAAAAAUACUGAUGAUGCCCUCACAUCACCAAUAAAAUCCCCCAACCCGUGUGUAUCCUGUUUAUAACUGGAAUGAGAAUGUGCUGGAUCUGUAGGUUAAAUGUUAUUAAUUUACUUGUAUAAUAGACCGAUAAAAGCUUACUUUGGUUUUAAGCUCGUAGUGAUGGUAUUCAGUCCAGGCAACCCAAUCCAGAACUUAAACUAAAUAGACUACAAAUUCUUCAGAAGCUCUAUAAAUUAGUUUUCACAGCGGUUAGUGAAGAAGGACCAGUAAGACUUUACUAGAGGGGUACAGAUAUAGUUUUCUGUUACUUUUGUAUUAACUAACCACAAACUAAGUCUUAGUUGCAUGUAUGUUCAUUCAUGAAUCAUGAUGCGUCUUUUGUCUGUCACUUUACUACAAUGUUACUACACGUUAAUUCUGUAAAUUUUUGUGGGCUACUGAAGGAACAAAUAAUUACUGAGUUCGUGUUCAUUAAUGAAUUGUGAUGUCUUUUAUCUCCAGUAGGUCCUACUUUUGAUCAUGAUUAAUAUUUCAGUUAAAAUAAGUAUUUGUGCUCUCAAGUAAAGUGUUGCCAAAGGAACUGUUGUUUUGCAAGAAUGCUGGGAUUUAUGUGCAAAGAUUCCUGAAUUUUGAGUUCAGGUUCUAUAAUGGCCGAUUUUCUUUGCUCACAUUUAUAGUGACUAGCUCCACAUAACAGGGCAGAGUGGUGUACACUGCAGCAACAUUUCGCCUGUAUGUGAGUUAAUUCCUUAACACCAGACAUUUCCACAAGACUGGGCCCCAGAUUUGAUGAGAUCGGAAUCAUAUUUCGUGCAUCUGGACCUUGGCUAAAAUAAUAUUGCUGAAUUCCAUUAAUACUUGGGCCAUCUGGAUUGUUUUGUUGAAACACUAACAAUGUAUUCUCCUGUGUGUAGGGAACAAAUGCAUGUUUUUACAUUUAAA